AUGGCCGUGGGCCUUGGGGACCAUGCCAGCGGGUUCCGCCACAACGAGGUGAUCAGAUUCAUCAACAAUGAAGUCCUUAUGAACGGGGGAGGCCCCGAUUUCUACGUGGCCUUCUGCUCGCGGUCCUGGAAUGAGGUAGAGGAUCGGCUGCGCGUCGUCGUCGCUGACCCACAGGUGCCGUGCGCCAUCAAGAGGGUCUGUGCCUGGAGCGCGCUGGCCUUGAGCGUGCGUGUGGGCGCGAGGCAGCGGGAGCAGCAGGCGUUCCGGGUUCAGUGGCUGCAGGAGCAGGUAGGGGAACGCGAGGCGGCUUCCUGGGCCCUCUGAGCUGCGGCGCCUGCGCGAGGAGCGCGAGGAGUGGUCACGUAGCUGCGCCUCACGCGGGCCGCCUUGCAGCAGGCGCUGAAACAGCGCGAUGUGCUUUGUGGGCGGCUGCUCCUGGUCGAGAGGUCGGCACAGGUCACCCCACUGGCCCAAGAGUUGCUGCCUGGGCCUCGAGCCGAACAACUUGGGACUGCAGAGUGGCCCAUGAGCGUAGAGCAGCAGAGAGAUGUGGUAGCCAUGGGGGAGCAUGACAGGCUGUAUUUCAAGAGCCAGAUGCCAGCCCCGACAGAUGUCCUUUAUGUGCCGGGACCCCCGAGUCCUUGGGCCCAGGCCGUGCAACCCCCUCUGCCAGUGCCGAUACCAUACCCAUUUCCAUUCCAUGCACCAUUCCUGAUGGGAUUCCCAUUCUUGCCACCUGUACCACCAGCAGUAGCCAUGGAAACAGAAGCUGGAGUCGUCCCACUUCAGGUGCCUCCUCUGGGCAUCUCUCCACCUGGCCCGUGGGCUGCAGUGGUCUUUCAGGGGGAGAUGGCCCCACUGUGGAACCAGAGGAGCUACAGCCAGGGGGAAGGUCCUGAGAUCCUGCAGGGUACAGUCCCCUUAGGGGAUAUCAGAAGUCUUAACCAGGAAGAAGGUCUAUACAGGCCCCAGGGGAUGGUCCCUCUUAGGGACAGCUGUGGUCUCAGUCAGGAAGAAGGUCCAGAGAGGUCCGAGGGAAUGAUCCCUCUUGGGGAUAGUUGGAGCCACAGCCAGGAAGAAGGCCUAGAGAGACCCCAGGGGAUGGUCCACUUGAGGGAUAGCUGGAGUCUCAACCAAGAAGCAGGUCCAGAGAGCCCCCAGGGGAUGGUCUCCCUGGGGGCCAAUGGGAGCUACAGCCAGGAAGAAGUUCCCAAAAGAUCCCAGGGGAAUGUUCCCCGGGGGGACAACAGAAGCCAGAGCCAGGAGGGAGACCUAGAGAGGUCCCCGAGGACCAUCCCCCUGGGGAACAGCAGAAGUCACAGGCAAGACGAUCCAGAGAGGCCCCAGGGGACUGGCCCCCUGGGGGUCAGCAGAAGCCAGAGCCGGGAAGGAGGUCCACAAGGGCCCCAGGGGAUGCCCCCACCGCUGUUCAACAGGAGACAUGGCCAGGAAGGAGGUCCAGAGAGGCCUCAGGCAACCGCCCAGGGGGACAGCUGGAGCCCUAGUGGGAGAGAAAACCCAAAGAAACAACAACCUCAGGGGCAGAAGACCAAGCGGCCAGAAGGGAAAAAAGCCUCAGAAUCACACCACCAGGAGAAGUCUGCCUCAGGCUGCAGUUCAGUGAAUUGGGAGUGCCCUUGGUGUAAAGCAAUGAAUUUUCCAUGGCACAAGGCUUGCUAUGAAUGCAAGAAAGUCUGCAUGGCGGUUGAGAGUGGAGGCCCCGACCCAGGACAAACCCACUGAUUUCAGGAAGGUAAGUAAGAAUGGAAACACUCCAAAGAAAAACCAGUUUUCUAAGACCCCCUCCUGAUUAAAAAGUAACUCAUUUACUUCACAGAAAAUUUGUAACUAAAAUUAUGAUAUAGAAAAUUAAAUAAAAUAAUUCAUUGUCCCAUUACCCCAAAUAACAACUUUUUAUCAUUGAGUACACACAUAGAUACGUAUGUAUUUAUAUGCUUUCUUUUUUUUUUUCAUUUACUUGAGCAAAGACGGAUUGCUUUUGAGUAUCACACUCACUCUUUAAGGAAUUUCUCCUAAUGCAUUUAUGUUUGCAGGUGCUGAAUUCUGGGUGGCUGAAGCUGAUUGGUUGACACCCUGCAGAAGCUGAAGUCAAGACUGUUUUUUUGAGGGAGACGCAAGAGGGAAGAGAUAUGGGAACAUAUGUAUAUGUAUAACUGAUUCACUUUGUUAUAAAGCAGAAACUAAUACACCAUUGUAAA